CAUGGCAUGGCAAAGGCUUAUAAAAGGCCUUUAAUUCUUGCUCUUCUUUCCCAAGCAAAAGUGCAAAGUAAAAUUAUAUAAUCAAGCCAUCCUCAUGGAGCUAAGCGCAGCCACCCUCAUCUCCCUCUCUCUCAUCUCCCUGCCGAUUCUCGUGACCUUGCUGAGCCGCAAAUCGAUACCAAGCUCCAAGAAGAGGCGGCCUCCAGGCCCAUGGAAUCUCCCCUUGGUCGGAAGCCUCCUCCACUUCUUCAAGUCGCAUCCACAGGUCGCUCUCCGGGACCUGGCCAACAAGUAUGGCCCGGUGAUGUUCCUCCGGAUGGGCCAGAUCGACACUGUCGUGAUCUCCUCGCCGGCGGCGGCCCAGGAGGUGCUCCAGGAAAAGGACAUCAUCUUCGCGUCGCGGCCGAGCCUUCUGUCCUCGGAGAUCUUCUGCUACGGAAACCUCGACGUCGGCUUCGCGCCAUACGGCGCGUAUUGGCGGACGCUGCGCAAGCUCUGCACGGUGGAGCUCCUCAGCGCGAAAAUGGUGCGGCAGCUCGCACCCGUCAGGGAUAACGAGACUUUGUCCCUCGUUAGGAAGAUCCAAGCCGCUGGCCAAGGCGGCGAGCCGGUCAAUAUCGCCAGGCUGCUCAUGUCCUGCUCCAACGCGAUCACUGCAAAGGCGGCGUUCGGCCAGGUGUGCAGCGGCGAGCUCCAGGAGCAGUUCCUGUCGGCGAUCGAUGUGGGGCUGAAGAUCAGCGGGGGGUUCUCCUUCGGGGACCUCUUCCCGUCGCUACGGUUCAUCGACGUCGUCACUGGGGUGAGACGCCGGUUGUGGCGAGCACGCUGGCAGCUGGACGCCGUCUUUGACCAGAUCAUCGCUCAGUGCGAGGCGCAGCGAGGUGAUGACCUUGUGAGCGUCCUGCUUAGGAUCAGGGACGAGGGGGAGCUUGAAUUCCCCAUUGGCACAACAAACAUCAAGGCAAUUAUACUGGAUAUGUUCACCGGAGGGACGGAGACGACGUCGUCGGCCGCCGAGUGGGUCAUGUCGGAGCUCAUGAGGAACCCGGAGGUGAUGGCCAAGGCACAGGCCGAGGUGCGACGAGUAUUCGACAACAAGAGCCCACAAGAUCAUGAGGGCCAGAUGGACGAGCUAUGCUACAUAAGGAUGGUGAUCAAGGAGAGCAUGAGGCUGAACCCAGUGGUGCCGCUGCUGGUCCCCCAUCUCUGCCGGGAGACCUGCGACGUCGGCGGUUUCGAGGUCACAGAGGGCACCAGGGUCAUGGUCAAUGCGUGGGCGAUGGCAAGGAGCCCUGAGUACUGGCACGACGCGGAGAAGUUCAGGCCGGAGAGGUUCGAGGAUGGCACGAUAGACUACAAAGGCUCCCGGUUCGAGUACUUGCCGUUUGGGACCGGGAGGAGACGGUGCCCCGGUGAUACCUUUGGGCUGGCUGUGCUGGAGCUCAUCGUGGCACGCCUUCUCUACUACUUCGACUGGAGCCUGCCAGGCGGAAUGCGGCCGGAUGAGAUUAACAUGGACAUGUUCAUCGGCGCAACGACGAGGAGAAAGAACCAACUGCACCUAGUGGCGUCACCAUAUAAGGAGGUUCGCAUGCAAAGUUGAACGAUGUGUCAGUGUAUUUGUUGUUGGUGCAUGUCUUGUUUGUCCCGGGGGAAUGGACAAAUAAAUAACUAUGGACAAUAGCAUGACUACUACUCCUUUAAAGUUACAACGUAGGUUCUUUAGGACAUUGGGCAGUCCUACAACGUGACACGUUGAUCAUCAGUUUCUACUUAAAUACGCUGCGUCGAAAAAAAUAUGUUUUUGUUAUGAAAGUAUAUUUUAUAAUGGACCUACUAAUACCAAUUUGGUGUUAUAGACGUUGAAAAUAUUUUAUAUAUUGAUGGCUAAAUCAAUAAAUAUUUGACUGGCACACAGAUUCAGAAUAACCUAAA